CACCCUCCAGCUUCCCGUCCCCUCGCCAGCUCAGCGUUCCCUUUACACUGUACAUGCGUCCCUCGCCUCCCCUCUUCGACGGCCAACCAGUGGGAGCGGGCCCCUCACUCCCCUCACGCACUCAGUAUCUUCCUGACUGUGCUGUGGGUGGGACCGAGGCGCCAUCGCUCGCGUGUACCGGCCGCAGAGUUGCAUAGCCUUUCCCCCACCCCUUUCCUUCUCUCGUGGGUGUUCUGCGGCGCGGGACUGAGCAGCUGCGAGUGUUUCCCAGUCCCGGCUGAGUGCGGGGCGCGGCAGGACCAUCAGUCGGAUAAGCCCUUGGCACGCGCGGUGGGAGGGGUGGCAGUCGUGCCCAUCCCAUCCUGCAGACUCCCGGCAGAGCACCUCUCGCGGCACCCUCGCAGGAAACAAAGUGUCUGUUUGACGUGAAGGGGAAGUGAAACACGAAGCGAGACGGAAGCUUUAGUUGGUGCUUUGAUUAUUUUAAUUACGCCAACUGGAGGAAUGCCCUGUGGUGUGUGCUGUUUGUAUAGUGUUAGUGACUCGUGCCGGCUUGCCCUGCUGCACUGACCGUCUGGUGAAGGAAGGCACUGAGGUCACUCCGGCAGACCCUUCAGGCUGUCACUCUUGGCGUCAAGUGGCACCAUCCCUACCCGACACCUGGCUGACGAUGGCACUGUGAGGCGAUAUCAGGUGUUUAGUGGAGAGGUGGACAUAAGGUGACGUUAGAAGCCAGGUGUCCGAGGCAGUCCGAUGGUUCCAGCCACUGCAGUGUGUUAGCGGCACUUGAGUUAGCCUCCGGGCCGUCACGCCGCCACCAUGCCGGCCAGACGCGGACUCCUGGCGCCACAGAACACCUUCCUGGACACCAUCGCCACCCGCUUCGAUGGAACACACAGCAACUUCGUGCUCGGGAACGCUCAGGUGUGCUCGCUGUACCCGAUCGUUUACUGCAGCGAUGGGUUCUGCGAGCUCACGGGGUACGCGCGGGCCCAGAUCAUGCAGAAGGGGUGUGCCUGUAAGUUCCUCUACGGGCCGGACACGAUGGACGAGCACAAGGUGGCGAUUGAAAAGGCGCUGGAGACCAAAUCGGAGCUCAAGAUGGAGGUCCUAUUUUACAAGAAGAAUGGCGCAGCGUUUUGGUGCCUGCUGGACAUCGUGCCGAUCAAGAACGAGAAGCGGGAGGUGGUGCUGUUCCUCGCCUCUCACAAGGACGUCACCAGCUCUAAGAUGGAAGAGGUGUCCUUCUACCCGGGAUACGAGAACGAUGAAAACGAGAACCUUGACCCCGAGGCACCUUCAGCGGCCAAGUACGGGAGAAGACGGAGCCGCGCAGUGCUGUACCAGUUAUCAGGACACUACACGCAGGACAAGGGCAAGAACAAACUAAAGCUCAAUAACCAGAACCUUCUCCAGCCUCACUCCGCGGCGCCGCUACCUGAGUACAAAACCGCCAGUAUUCAAAAGUCUCGCUUCAUCCUGACACACUACGGGAUGCUCAAGACCUGCUGGGACCUGGUCAUCCUCCUCGCCACCUUCUACGUCGCUGUCAUGGUGCCCUACAACGCCGCCUUCCUCGACCAGACGCAGCAAGACAAGCCCACCAUCGUGCCGGACGUGGUGGUGGAGGCUCUCUUCUUCGUCGACAUUAUCCUCAACUUCCGCACCACUUUCGUCAACAAGAAGGGUGAGGUGGUGCUGAGUCCCAUUCGCAUCGCCACCCACUAUUUUAAAGGCUGGUUCGUGCUGGAUCUGUUGGCGGCUAUACCCUUCGAUCUUCUCCUAGCGGCUGAUGUCUACAGCUCGGCCACCAACAUCCACCUUCUGAAGCUGACAAGAUUACUUCGGCUGGCGCGCCUCCUGCAGAAGAUGGAUCGCUACUACCAGUACUCGGCUCUCAUCCUGACGCUGCUCAUGCUCUCCUUCACCCUGGUGGCGCACUGGCUGGCCUGUGUCUGGUACGCCAUCGCUGAGCCACAAGUCAACCUGUGGGAGGAAGGGGAGCCACGGAUCGGCUGGAUCUUCGACCUGGCGCACCGUUUGGAGACAGAGGUGAGGAACGUGACCAUAGUGCAGAAGUACCUGACGGCGCUCUACUUCACCUGCUCCUCCCUCACCUCCGUCGGGUUUGGCAACGUCUCCGCCAACACCAACCACGAGAAGAUCUUUAGUAUCGUCACCAUGUUGAUUGGAGCUCUCAUGCACGCCACAGUGUUCGGCAACGUGACCUCAAUCAUUCAGCGGAUGUACCUGCGUCGCUCCCUCUACCAGACCAAGUGGCGAGACCUAAAGGACUUCCUCGCCAUCAACCAGAUCCCGAAGGAGCUGCGCCAGAGGAUGCAGGACUACUUUCAGACCAUGUGGAGCCUCAACCAGGGUAUUGAUAUCAACGAGACCCUGAAGGAAUUCCCGGAGGAGCUGCGCGGGGACAUCUCAAUGCACAUCCACCGAGAGAUUCUGUCGCUGCCAAUUUUCGAGACGGCGUCACAGGGUUGCCUCAAACUGCUCAGCCUCCACAUCAGGAACAACUUCUGUGCCCCCGGAGAGUACCUGGUGCACCGCGGGGACGUGCUGCACUACAUCUUCUACCUGUGCAAUGGCUCCAUGGAGGUGGUCAUGGACGAUAUGGUGGUGGCUAUCCUGGGGAAGGGGGACCUGGUGGGCAGUGACGUGGACGAGCACUUGAGGAAUGGCGGGGACACGGUGGUGAAGUCCUCGUGUGACGUGAAGGCGCUCACCUACUGCGAUCUCAAGUCUAUCUUCAUCCCGGGCCUGAUGGACGUCCUCAAGAUGUACCUCGAGUACCAGCAGGAGUUCGCCAAUGACAUCAAGCAUGACCUCACUUACAACCUGAGGGAGGGUUACGACAGCGAGCAGCAGGACAUGGAGAUCGGCUCGGCGAAGAACAUCCUGCCUUCCAUCAGCGAGGACGACGAGGAGCGGGGCAGCGAGGAGGAGGACAAGUCGCCGGUGUCCACGUCGCCCCGCUCGCCACUUCACUCCCGCACCACCACAAGGUUCAACUUCGGACGGAAUGAGGAGGAUGUGGGCAGUCCUCGCUGGGGCCAUCGUAGUCGUGAACGAAGUGGAGGAACGCCGGUGCGGGGAGCCCUGAAGACACUCUCUCCGACACGCCUCCACCACCGCUCCAACGAUGAGCUGCGCGGCGACGACCAGGCCAAAGUGCAGCUGGAGAAACUAGACACGCAGGUCACCACGCUGCACUCUGACGUCAGCGGCCUCACCCAGGAGGUUCGCUCGGCUCUGCAGUUGCUGCAGUCCAUCAGCCACAACAUCGGCGGCAUCGACAACGAGGGCGGCGAGGUGGAGCACGGCAGCUGCUAUACGGUAGCCAGCAAUGACGGGAGGCGGCUGACGUGUGGCAACGUUGCCGCCACCACCGGGGCAAGUGGUGGCAGCGGCAGCAACAGUUACAUGCAGGAGAAUCGCCUCGCCCCAAUGUGCCGGUCCUCGCCCAGUGUGUUCGCCGCCACCUAUCGCGAGUCCAGAGGCUCUUCCACCCUCGGCCGUCAUCGCACCCGAAAUGUGUCCACGCAGACUGACCUUCCCAUAAACGUUCCUGUCGCGGUGCUGGAGGCGUUCGUUCUGGCUCACCGGUCUCGCGUCCUUCAGCUCCUCGGAGUACCGGACGUACCCGAUGAGUCUUGUGAGUCUCCCAGCGCCACGCAGCCCCAGGCCUCUUCACCGGCAGCCAGCGAGCAAGGCGCCACUGAGUCAGAGGAGACGAGCACCAGCAGUUCGGAAAACUUAACUUCUUCCUCUGAACAAGACCACUCUCUCCAUGGACCUCGCUCCCCUCCCGGCAAAAACUCUGUACAAAAUCAAAAGCCCUCCAUAACCAUACAGCCGGCGGCAGCCAGCCUUGGUGGCGAAACUAGAAACAACAACAACAACAGGACGCCCAACGCACCCCCUCUGGAAAUGUAUCAGCUGACCAACCUCCGUAACUGGAAUCCGACUCCACGUCUCAACAAAUCGUUCAUCUCUUCUUCUCGCAGCACCGGGAGCCUGAGGGAUAUUCUCUCCAAUAAUGUUAAGAACCAGACGCGUCAGUCGCCCAGCCAGGAGAGCGGCGCCUGCCCAGCCUUGGUACACAACCAGGUCCCCAAGAGUGAGACGGACGCAGACAAGACUUUGGUUCACUACACCUGUGCAUCGAACUGCCCGAAGACAGAUCUCAUAUGUUUCUCUGAGGUGAACCACACCAUGACGCGCAGCACCUCCAUGCCUGUGUCCGCCUUCAAAAUUCAGCCAAAUCCUUCCAGUUCCCCCUCAGCCUCCAGUCAUCCCCAUUCCAGCAGGGCGCCGGCAGCCCCCAUCCCUCAGUCCCCCGGCACAAACCACCACGAGAGAAAUCCAGAACAAGAAGCCGACAUACGUGACAGACUUCUAGCCAAGGAUCAAAAGCAGUGAUCACUUCGCGACGCCAGUACAAACAAAGAGUUGGUAGGUCUCACCCGGUCGGUUGUCCUUCACGGCACAAGGAUGCACUUCGCCUUGCCCCGCGCUGCACACGCAGUUUCUUCCGGCAGUUUUGAUCGCAUCUGCUGAAUCUCAACUUUCUAAUUAUGCAUCUCGUGAUUAAUCGAAGCUUUAGACUAAUCUUUACAAUGGCCGAGACACAGUUGCGAGUUUUAACGUAUUCCUCUCGAAGACAUUUACAGUAUUAUAAUCUUUUAAUAAUUAAGGCCAAACACAGAAAGCGUCACAAGGAUUCACGGGAGAAGUUCGCGCCACUUGUGAGUGAACACACUCACGGGGGUGUUGACGACUGCCUGACACAGUGGCCAAACACGUGCUCUUCUUGACUCUUUCCAUUGUUCACUCCAUCCACCGUAACGUGAUUUAUGUACUAUUGUCUUUAUUUCCGCAGUGUUUCGCUAUAAAUAGGUAACGCGUCCAGGACAGCCAAGGCCCGCGGGAACGAAGGUGUAAGCCUCCUUCACCCAGCGCCGUCCUGUCAGCGUCACCGGUCGGCGCCACACCCUCAGCGCCUGGCCGCGCCUCGGCCCGCCUGUCUCUGUAGCACUAGCCUGUUUUUCUCUUCACAGACUGGUCGGUCGAUACUGUUGUUAAUUCUGCAUUAAGACUUUAUUAUAUCGGAGCAAGCUUUAUUGCUAUAUAUUCCUAUACAGUGUACAUUUUCGUACACGGUAAAAGAUGUUAUACUUGUAUGAUGCAAACACAAUCGGAAGAGAUGCUUUAUAUUUUUAUUGAACUAUUUAUGCUCUAACUCUGGUUCAUCUACCUCCACUAACUAAAAUAGUUCAUAAGAUUUAUUUAUACUCUUGUACAUAGCCUCCAUGUUACCAGUGGUUCUCACUCACACGCUAUGACUUGUUGAGGCAGCGUGGCCCCUGCUGUGCCCACUCCGGCGGUGUGACCGUGUGACGCGUCCAGUUUUGUGGUGUAUGCUGCGCUACGUGUCGCUCGUGUGUGUGUGUGUGUGUGUGUGUGUGUGUGUGUGUGAAUGUUUGUUUGUUGUGAUGUUGUGUUCUCGUUUCCAGAAUAAAAGAAAGAUACCGGAACUUUAUCACAGUAUUAGAGACAGUAUAUUCCUGAUCUUCCCGGAGGCAUGUCAACCACCCCGCGGCGACAAACACGCCCACGCAGAGACUGAGAUGCUCCCGUCUGAAAGCGGUCUCUGUUGAGAGGUUCGGCAAAGAGAAGCGCCUUACUUUACAAUCAAUUUCAUCAUCAACUCACAAGGAAGUAUUGCUCCGUUGUUCUCACCCACUACGUCACUCAUAUCUUCCCUCCUUGUAACCAUUUCGUGAAGGAUUCUUUAAGACACGCCCUCCCUCAUUAUUGGGCUAAAAGGACGGUAUUCAAAAACGCUUUAUUCUCUCAACAUGGCUAUUUUCAGAGACCCUAGAGGAGGAAUCAAAGACUUUCUCCACUAUUGCCUUCAUAAGUGAGCCGGGUGAAAGCGGUCUUAACAUUAUAACGUAAAUCAGUAACUUAUGAUGACCUUGUAUCAGAUGAACCACUGAAGAAAGUACGUAGGCAUGCGCUUGGAGAAGGAAGUGUGCAGGCGAUGGAAAGAUGGAUGUGAGGUGAGGAGAGGAGAGCCUUGCCGAAACACUAACCCUGCAUCAAGUGGGGAAAACGUGAAUGGAGAAAGGAAAACGAGAGAAGUAAAGCAUAACAUUUGUAUAAGUGAGCCUCUACACACACACACACACACACACACACACACACACACACACACACACACACCUGACGGAGGAGGAAAAGUUAACGAGGACAAAAAAAGGAAAUAAAUACUGAAUGAAACACGUACGCCAUGGCGUCACCUCACGGGCAGUUUGGUAUUUUUGUGCAACUGUCCCGCAAUUUACCUCGCGUUGUGGUGAAGUGAGUAUUACGUACACCUCUGGCAACACACACACACACACACACACACACACACACACACACACACACACACACACACACACACACACACACACACACACAAACAGUCAAGUACUUCACAAGCCACUUUUCUCCUUGACUUUUGUUACUUAUUUAAUCAGCAUAUCAAAUAGGAAAAGAAGUAAGAAAGAAGGAAGCACAACGACUAAAGAGAAAAUGUAACGUGUUGUACUCUCUCUCUCUCUCUCUCUCUCUCUCUCUCUCUCUCUCUCUCUCUCUCAUAAUCUUUCUUUAUCUUUCUUCUACUCGUAUUACGGCCAAAGAGAAGCUGUUAACAUGCAUAAGCCUAUUCGUUUCCUCUCCAUUAACAUAAUUUCUUUCUCUACUCGAAUUUCUACCGAAGAGGACACGGCUGCUUAAAUUUCGGUCAUGCUUCUGAAACGCCGAGAGGAAGGGCGAAAGAGUCACGCCCUUCUCAGCCUCCCUCCCUCUUUACCUGCGGCACAGCAUUGGGCUCACCUGUAUUAUUUCCCGUGUGGUGUCAAUACAUAUAUUUUUUUGCAACGUGAAGCGCACUCUCUGUAGCACUGAUUCCGUAUUAUUAAGGACGUGUGUGUGAGUGUACGUACGAGCAUCCACAACAAUAAACGUGCAAGAUCUUAUGUGUAUGUGCUGUAAAUAAAGGCAUGGUGAGUAUC